ACCGGGCGGGCGACCGGCGACCCCACCACGGCCGUUCUCUGCGCCUACGCUCGACGACACCACUCACUUGUCCUAAGUUGUCCGCAGACCCGCACUUCAACUUCGAACAUCAGACACAGUGCGCGUUACCCAGAGACGAGCAAUAAAUAAAUUUUGAUAAACAGUAUUAGGUCGUGAUGGAAAAAGAACACCAGCCAGACUCGAUGGCUACAAUAACUAUGAAGCCGGAAUAUCCGCCUUCUGAAGUAUACAGCACAUCAGAACCGCCACCGGCUUAUCGGCACAGGGUGUCAACUUCGGUCCAGAUCGCGAAGAUUGCAGCACUAACAGUGGUCGCUUCCUCCUUCAUCUUGGGAACCUUUAUAUUGGCUUCGAGUUGGGUAGCAGCUCGUUCAUCAUGCCAUCAGCUAGAGCAGCUGGAUGCAAUGCUCGACAAAGAACUCGCUUUGGAAGGCAGAGCCUACGGAAAUGAUGCCCUGGUAGCGGAUGAGCCUUUGCCACUAGCAAAUGCCCACGCUUUGCAUGGAGUACCGCCCAUGCUGUCUUCAGUGUUACCUGAGACGAGCCAGCCGUCAUCUUCACGACCCAGUCUCUUCAAAGACGACGCACUCAACCAUGCCGAGUCCAAAAUAAACGAAGACAAAUUGCAGAAAAUUGACGACGAUAAGAAUGACUCACCAAACUCGAGUGAUGAGAGUCCUGAGUCCGACAGUUCUGCUGAAGAGGACGACGAACUUGAAGCGAUUAGACCGAUGUUCAAAUUGCCUAUUCAGUUUGACCUUGAUGAGUUGGCGGGCGCUUUCUUAGCAAACAACCAAAAAGGCCGUAUGAACUGCGUGGUGGAGCGUCGUAACGACGACCCCAUGGAGAGACGUUUUCCCUUCAACAUUCUAGGCGCGUUCGCUCCCCGCAGCGCUCAUGCCGAACGCGUAGCCAUCAUCUGCCACGGAGGAGAUGAGCCCAGGGCAAUCAAUUUCCCGGAGCCACAGUCCCAGGUAUUUGCCUUCCCGUUGACCGGUCCAGUACGCCUCCCUCUGCGUCCUCAGCCAGAGACACCUUCCGGUCCUGAACCCAGGAUGCCUUUUGGACCUGGUCCUGACGGUAGAAUGCCACCUUUCGCACAAGCUCCUGAACAAAGAAUGCCGCCCUUCGCACAAGCUCCUGAACAAAGAAUGCCGCCCUUCGCUCCACUAGGACCGAUGGCACCAGUUAGCCGCCAGGCGUCCUUCCCGCUGCCGAUGCCAUGGGAAUCGUCUGAAGAGCAAACGGGAGGUCCCCGCGAGAUGCGUAUCCACGUGCAACGCGUUAUUGCAAUCCCGGCACCGCACAAUAUGCCCCAAGCACCCGAACCCGACAUGGGACCUUUUGCGCCUCCUCCACCGCCACCCCAACAAGACCAGAACGAGCAACAAACUAUCGUCCACCAGUUCGUGCCGCAGACAGCUCCUACUCAAGAAAUGGAACAACCUGAGGGCCAGAAGGUGCAGGACGGUGCCCCGGUGCAGAUGAGUCUCCCGUGGGGCUUGACCCCGGCCGACCUGCAUGCGAUACACCGCUCCGCUCAGCAUGCAAUCGACCAGUCACGCCGUGAACAACAAAUGGACAACGACAUGCAGGAAGUGAAAACUAUCGUGAACACAUUAGCAGCGGCGGCGGAAGCGGAAGCUGAAGCGGAGGCGGGAGCACAAGAGGGACCGCGCGCCGAGACCCCACGAGCUCAGCGCACGCUCCUUCUGCCUCAGGAACAACACGACAUUGACGAGAGGCCACAUUGUAAGUACACAUAUAACACAAUUAAAAAAACAGAGGAACGUGUUAAAAAAAAACAAUUCGCUUGUAGUUUUUUUUUAUUACAUAUUUUUGAUAUUUUUUUUGAAGAAAUCUCUAAAAUAAUCACAUGAAAGCCUAUAUAUAACACAGAAGAAAUAAACGUGAAGUUAUUUAUAGAUACCUAGUUUCACAAGACAGUUUGGCUCAUUCACCCAUUUAAACAAUUAAAAAAAAAUGUGAGCCGUCACGGGACGCCUGGCAGAUGUGAAACAUCAACAUUAUUUUGUAAAAGUAAUAUGCAGAAAAGAACAGAUUGUGAUAGGAACUAAAUAUGUCAUAAUGAUAAAAUAAAAUAUUACGAAAAAAAUAUUUGUUUAGAGAGAAUCGCACAGUCGAUUGCACAUGGCGACGCGUCGCCACACCGUACACACUACUGCAUAUAGACUGUAUAUAUAUACCAUCAUAUAGCGUGGCGACGCGUCGCCGCGGCAUACGUCGCCACGCCAGAAAUCGGUUUUACGUGCGGCUAUAGAUGUUUCACAUCAAAAAUUAUAGUAAAUCAUUGGUUUUAACAACAGUUGUUUUGCUGGUCAACAAAUUUGUGGCUUGAAAACGUAUUUAUAAACCCUAGAACACAAAGUGCUGGUAGCCUUUGAGCAGUAGAAGAGAGAUCGGACGAAGUAAUUAAGCCCGUACCUCUGUAUUUCUGACGUUGUCAGAUGCAUAUACACUGGUGGAUUUUAAUUAACUGCUAAUUAAUUCUACGGUAAACUGAAAUCGAAAAACUACAGGAUUUGCUUUUCAUUAAAGAAUUCAGAUGAA